AUGUCGCAAACAACAACCGCGGCAUCUAAUUCUGGAUUCUUUCCAGGUUAUUUCAAUGUUAAUGGUAAUAAUCAACCUCCAGUACCUUUAAUGAGUACAAUGACUGUGCCACCACCACCACCACUUCCACCAAAUGAUUCUCUACAACCACCACCAGCUCCUCCGUCGACAUCAAUUUCUAAUGGUGACUUAUCUCUUCCACCUCCUCCAAUACCAACAUUACCAAAAGUUGAUACAAGUGUUCCACCACCAUCAGUACCAUCUCCUCUUGAUGUUUAUCAAACUUGGGCAUUACAAUGGACAUUUUUUCAACAAGCACAACAAGCUGCUGCUUAUCAAAAUCAACUAUAUCAAUCAUUUACAAAUCAACAAAAACCAACUCCACCAUCUCCAAGUCCUGUACCACCAGUUAAUAACAACAAUAAUAAUAAUAAUAUAUCCAAUGGUUUUAAUUCUCAACAACAAAAUAAUAGAAUGAAUACAACACCAUCGAAAUGGCAAUCAACAAAUUCAUCGCCAACAUUUCGACCAAGACAAGCACAACAAUCAUAUCGUGCUCGAUAUCCAGCAAAUAAUAAUAAUCAACAAUUUUCAUCGUAUAAUAAUGUUCCACCACCAACGAAUCUUUCUCAAUCAAAACCACAACAAUCUGGUAUACGAUUUCAAUUGAAUACACGUCCACAAACACCAAUGAAUAGAAAUGGAAGACGAACACGUUUUUCUUCACCACCUAAACAACAAAUAACAUCAACAGUUUCAUAUCCAACACCAAUGCCAACACCACCGGACAAUCGUACUGAUGAUACAAUAAUGGAUACAACAAAUUCAAAUGAAUUACGUCCAAUAAUGAGUGCUAUUGAAGCAUUUAAAUUAGCUUGUGAUAAACAAAAUUGGCCAGAUUCAUUAAAGAAAUAUUGGCAAUCAAUUGAAAGUCGUUGUACAACAAAUCUUUUACGUUCACAAGCUGAUGAAUGGUUACAAGGUGUUCUUGUUGAUGCAUUUCAAAAGAAUAUUGUUACAACUAUUGAUUGGAUGAAUAGACCUCUUCCUGAAUUUCUUCGUUCUGAUUCAUCAUCAAAUGUACGUUCAAAUAUUUUUGAUUCAUCAAAUUCAAGUUUACUUCAAAUAGCUAAAUCAUCUUAUGCUGAAAAUAAACAACGUGAAGAUUUAUUUCGUUUAAAUAAACUUCGUCAAAUAGCAUCUGAAUCUGUUCAACGUGCUUUUGGAAAUAAUAAUGAUGAUGACGAUGAUGAUAAUAAUAAUGAAAGUAUAUUAACACGUAAACGUUUAUCAUCAUCAUCAUCAUCAUCGUCAUCAUCAUCUUCAUCAACUGAUAAUGAUACAAAUAAUCGAGCAAAAAAUAUACCAAGUCCACAAUAUCCGAUGAGUACUGGUCGUAAACGUUCGAGAAAAACUCGACGAGCAAAACGAGCUAAUAAAAAAAUGCAAUUAGAAGAAUCUAGACCAGAACAAUGUGAACGUUUAGAAAAACGACGAAAUCGUUUUAUUAAUGAAACAACAUCAACAAUUAUCAAACCAAUUCAAGCACCUAGUCCAUCAAUAAUAGUAAGUGAUAAUAACAAGACUUUGGUAGGCACAUGUCAAAAAUUGGAAAAAAAUUAUUUACGUUUAACAAGUGAAGCUGAUCCAUCAACUAUUCGUCCAUUAUCAGUUCUUGAACGUGCUUUUUCUUUUGUUAUGGAUAAGUAUAGAUUAAAUAAAGAUUGGUCAUAUAUAAAUGAUCAAUUGAAAAGUAUUCGACAAGAUCUUAUGGUACAAUCAAUACGUAAUGAUUUUACAGUCUUAGUUUAUGAAGAAAAUGCACGUAUAGCUCUUGAAAUGGGUGAUCGUGAACAGUUCAAUCAAUGUCAAACACAAUUAGAAACAUUGUAUGAUAAUGGUUGUAAUCGUACACAUUUAAAUGAAUUUCUUAUUUAUCGUUUGCUCUACUCGUUGCUGCUCAAUGAUUAUAAAAAAACAAAUCGAAUUUUAAUUAAUAUUGAUACAGUAAAAAAAAUAGCAGCAGCAGCAAACGGGAAGAGCAAAUCAAAAGAUAUUGAACAUAUUGAUCUUGCACUAGAACUGUCCCUACCCCAACUUGCUUGUUGUUUAGUUAAUCUCUUCAUUGAUAUUUAUCGGAAACAAAUGCUCAAGGUUUUAGUUUGGGGGUUUGCUCCAUCAUUUCCAAUUGAAACUAUUACUCAGAUGUUGGCUUAUGAGUCGAAUGAUAUUUGUCAAAAACAUUUGAGUUCAUUGGGUAUUACAUUGAUUGAUGAGCCAUCAUCCGGUGUUUCUAUUGAUUGCAGAGCAAGUCGAGCAAUUUUUGAAAAAAAAUAA